GCUCACUAUCGACCAAGCCCACGACGAACGUCGUUUUGUUCCUCCUCAUCACUAGAUGUCUAUCGUUGGUACAGAUUUCGACACUGUCGACGGGUCCAACCCGGCCCUGCCGGACGACAAGUCCAUCGUAAGGCAGUGUCGAGAGGCAAUCGUUGCCAGCCUUCGUGCAGAUCACCGCGCCCACAUCCGUGGCGUCAAGGUUGCCAAUCCAGUCGGCCCUCCCGUCUGGGUCAAGUUCGGCGACGUCUCAUUAUCCGAGGCGCGGACCCAGCACUAUGUCGCUCAGGUGGUGAGCCGCAACAGAGGCGACGCUCCAGUCCGUGUCCCUGCGGUCUAUCGCUUUUUCCAAGAUGGAGGCAGGGGCUAUAUCGUAAUGGACUUUGUCGACGGCAGUGUCUGCACCAGAUCAGACGCUCAGGCUAUUGCCACCGCCGUCUCUUUCCUCAUCACGAUCCCUGCACCGGCGGACCAGCGCAGCCCUGGCCCCAUCGGUGGAGGUCCGAUCUGCCACGACUUCUUUAUUGACCGCAAGUCGCCCGUAACGUACCCUACGGUCGAGCUCCUCACUGCUCACAUCAAUGGUUCGUCUUUCUGGCUGAUUGCUAUGUCUAAACCAGAUUCUACGGCACCAGUCGAAGAAAGCACGUGUCAACCUCGUUCCCGAGGUCCAGGAACACGGCCUGCGCCUCUGCCUCUCGGAUACCAACCGCGAGAACUUCAUGGUAAGCGGCGAAGACAAGAAGAUCGUCGCGAUAGAUUUCGGCGCGUCAUGCUUUCUGCCAAUUUCGUUCUUCGAGAUGGCACUGUGCCGGCUUCAUCAGGCACAUCUGCCAGUCCGUCAUCUGCCUCAGGUCGACACAAUCGACACAAGCGGCAGCACUGGGUCAGGCGGCCGCGUCACUGGUCAAAUACCAGAGCAACAUGAUUGGUCUUCCGGCGGAGCUCAAGACGUUUGAGGCGUAGAUGCGGCCACACAACGCCACCUCUCUCGUGGUUUUCUGUUCGUCAUCUCGUUGUCUUCUGUUUGUCGACU